AUGAACGACGAUGCUUAUCUUGAUCAGAUCUCUCCGACGUCCGCCGGAGAGGCACGCGACACCCAUGCUCCAACCCGUCAGCCACCCUUGACCCAACCUCUCGCAGAGUUUGAGCAGCACAUCGUACACAACCGUCUUGGUACUUACGCGAACCAUCUUACGGACGCACCGAGCCGGAAACGACCUCGUCCUACCAAGUCAAGGCCCGAUGUGGCCUACGCUAGGAAAAGAGCCACUGCAGCGUGUAACUUGUGCCGGUCUCGGAAGAUCAAGUGCAACAACGCUCGCCCCUCAUGUUCUGCUUGUGUUGCUGCCUCUUCGAUGUGCGUCUAUGGCGACCCGCAGGACCAGUCCAGCAUUCUCAUCUUAGACCGCCUGAAUCAGGUUCUCUCUAAACUAGACCACAUCGAUACCCCUACCACGCCAUCCACUAGUGCGGCUACUCGUACUACAUUAGGCUUACAGAGCACCGACCUACAGGCCAAUGCUCUAACAUUGCAGGAUCAGUCUGAUCAACUUAAGAUCCCGUCACGGCGAACAACAGCUGACGCUGUGCUCAAAUGGCCUGUCUUUCAGAAUCGGUGGCCAGCAAAUUACCUAACUAAUGCCAUCUUCGAAGCGGAGAACUCAGAAUAUGACUCGGAUCUUGAUAUUCCACCACCACAGGAACAAACUCGCUCCAAGUUGGGAAUCGGCGGUGUUGACGAAGAUUCUAUACCUUACCUGGUGCGCCGAUUCAUAGAGUUAGUUCAUAUUAAGAAUCCAAUCUUGGAUGUGAAGACUAUAUCGGCAUAUGCGAACCAUGUCGCCGAAUCUGGUCUAGGUUGGGAUCCUCCAUCUUGUUUGGUGGUAAGUAUUCCGAGAAACUUCCGUCUUGCGACUAACUUCUGCAAGCUCGUCGCUUGUGCGCUUGGUUGCGUAGCCGAGUCAUUUGAUAUUCCGCCUGGAUCUUCAACAAACUCUUUGGAACGUGACGGAAGCCGUCUCCACAAUGCUGAAGCCUAUUAUAAUAUGGCUCGGAAACGUUUUGGUUUCCUCGAUACAGGCGUUCUCGUUUCACAGUGCCACUUUCUGGCCGGCGUCUACCUCAUGUACACUUUGAGACCAUUACUAGCCUGGACUAAAUUCCAGGAAGCGUCCCGGUCCUACCACCUAUAUCUUCAAUGUCAACUCCGCCGGCCGCCUCAUGUGCCGGCAGAUUCUGCCCUUGCCAAGCGACGAGCAUUAGAGCAAAGACUUUACUGGAGCUGUUACAAAUCGGAAUGCGAGCUGCGAGUUGAGCUAGAUCUGCCUAACAGUUCUUUAGCCGACUUCAACUACCCAGACAUGCAUCCAUCUCCACCCAACCUCGAAAGUGUUGAUGAGCCGUCACCACAGAUGACGAUCUUUGAAGAUGGUCAUUACCGAGCCACCAAUCACGACAGCUUGCAUCAUUUGCGGGAGCAGCAGCAACAGUCAUGGUUCUAUUACUUAACUGAAAUUACUUUGCGUAGGAUCACCAACAACGUGCUGAACAUGCUCUACGCCGAUAGCUAUGUGUAUUGGAGCGAACAGGUAUUACGCUCUAAACGGAAAGCUGCUGAAGAAUUCAAUGAACAGCUCUUGAACUGGUAUGGACUUGGCUCCGAAUUUGCUUUUCAACCAACUGAUCGUUCAUAUUUUAGGUAUACCAGUGUACCCGACCAGAUCCGAUUCAAUGAAGAAGAGUUCCACUGUGAAGAGCUACCGUACAUGAUUCAGAUUCGAUUCGUGCACCUGCAGUCCAUCAUCGGCUUGCCAUUUCUGUAUCAUGCGAUCCACAGCCCACCCAAUGCACCGUGCCAGAGCAUUGUGCAACCAUUAGCACAACAGGCAGUGAAUAAAUGCAUUCGCCAGAUUAGCAACAUUAAAGGCAGCCACAGACAUCAUGGUACCUGGAAUUGGACAAGAUCUAACACGACUUCUGCUCUUGUAGUCAUCGCCAGUGCCACGAGUAGUAAUGUCACUCUACCGCCUGACUGGAAACACCUUGUCAGAAAUGCGAUCGAACAGUUGCGCUUCUGGGAAGCUGAAAGGUCUGGACUUCUCUCCCGCGCAAUCGAGGUUCUUGAGAACGCUUUGCAUACGCAUGUGGGAACCGCCGGACACGAUGAUUCAACGUCUUGA